AUGGGCCUGGAACCGCUUGGUAGAAAUUGGGGCUCCAUUGUCAACUGGGAUGACUUGGCGAAGGCAUAUGCAGGCUUCAUCGUUGCAUGGACUGUUGUACUGUACGCGGGUGUCGUCUGGCUUGUCAUGAACCGGAAUCUUCCUCACAUCAAGAUACGGAAUGUACCUAUAGCAGUGACAAGCGUCACCUGCCUCCACCUCUACCUCAUCAAGAUCGUGCUGGCGUAUACCACGAAUGGAAAUUUCCCUUGUGCAUUAGAAUUCUGGAUUAUGUCGAUCUAUCUACCGUUCGGCAUUGCCCUGUUUCAAGCGAAUCUGGUCCAACUUCACAGCAUUAGCGAUCAACAACAGAAAAUGUUGAAAUCCUCCACUUCGUCAUCACACUCUGCUGUACAACACAAUUCUCGGGGUCUCUGGCAGAAAUGGAAGGCUCUGCCACAACUUCAAAAGUCGUACACAUACAUCGGCAUCGGAAUGCUUAUCCAGGUCAUCGUGACUGCUGUUGUUUAUGCUGGGACUCCGGAGCUACAAGGAGACUGGCAGAGCUUUGGAAACGUCACUCAUGCCAAAGGACAGGCACUAUGUCGAAAGUCACCAGCAUGGGUACCGAGUGCCUUCUGGCAAUUGGCUUGGUCUUGGUUGUUCGGUCUAUGGACGCUGUACAGGAUCCGCAACAUCCACGACACACACUACUGGCGUUUGGGAACAUGGCUCAGUGUGAUAUCGGGACUACCGGGUACACCUUUAUGGAUCGCCGCUGUAUUCUGCAUACAGUUCAAGCCUGUCAACAUCCGAUGGGUACCUCCAAUGUGGCUUGCACCUGGCAUCAUCGCCAUGCAAGUGGUCACUGUAUUCUUCCCCAUCUAUGAAGCAUACGUCUCUCGCGUGCACAUGCGUACUACUCUGAACCUCCUGAAGCAGUGGGAAGAAAAGGAAUCUCAAGAUGCAGCACCAAGUCUCACUUCCACAGGGACUGGCAAUGCUAGUGUCGCAACGAAAAACUCCAAAGUAUACUYGAUGGCAGCACUAGAAACGGCUCUGGUGGUCAAUCCCCUGCCGCUCCUUCACUUCGCAGCGCACAAGGACUUCACCGCCGAGAACAUCAUCUUCUUGAUGCGCGUGCACGAGUGGCGACGAGCAUAUGGUACAGCGCCGCGGCAGGCGAACAGUAUCGCUCUGACUGCCGAAGCACAGACUUUGCUCUUCCGCAUGGGGGUUGUCAUCUACACCACCUGCGUCCUUGACACAACUUCAGAGUUUCCAAUCAACAUCGACCACAGUGUUCGAUCGGGACUCGAUGCAUUGUUCGGUCCUGCUGUUCCGGGAAGCAAUCAGCGUAUGAGCGAUAGUCGGAGUCCCUGGGAGAUUGACAUGAACGAGCUGGAGAAGGACCCGAUCCAAGUGGAAGUGCAGCGCAUUACACUUUCGCGCGAGACUAGUGACGAGUCUAUCCAGAGUAUAUGGACGCCCAAGGCCAACUCCGUGGAAAGACACGUGAGCAGCGAUGAUGAUGAGAGACCCAUGUUUGCGCCCCAUCCUGCUACUGCCCCGCUGGGCACCGUCCGGGCACGAAUCGGGGCUGGAUUGGACGGGACUGUGUUUGAUGAUGCCGAGGCGAGCAUCAAAUACUUGGUCUUGACAAACACUUGGAGAAAAUUUGCCCAGGAGGGACUGUUCGGUACGGAGCAUGGUAUGGUCUGA